AUGCCUCCUCCAGCCCUGCUGAUCGCCGAGAGCGCUGUGGAGAUCUCCCAGCGCCUCCACCGCGCUUGGUCUCCGUGCCGUCAAUUACUUCCGGGAGUCUCACAUGGGAGUGGGAGCAGGAGGUGGCUGUGUGGGGUGAUGGAGUCAUUUCGGAAGGAAGAGUUAAAUAAGCAGAUAAAGGAACAAAUUGUUCUCAUUGAUGAACUCUCCAACUUGAAGAAAAAUCGGAAAGUUUAUAAGCAGCAGCCGAAUAGCUAUAUAUUUUUUACAGCAGAUCAAACACAGACUCUAAGUGAAAGUAAAUGUUCCCUUGAUGAGAUGAGAAGGGAAUACCAGGAAUUGGAAAAUACUGAGGAAGUGAAGAAGUAAUGAACAUUAGUGCUGUUGAUUGACAUGGAUGGAUAAAUAAAAAGCAUGAAAUGUGUGGAAUUUGCUGUAUGUUA